AUGUCUCAUGAGCCUAUUGACAAUGAAGAGUUCCAAUCUACUGCUUCUGAACCUGAGGUAUCACAAGCAAGUAACAGUGAUCCUGUAUCAAUGGCAGAGGCAAUUGCCAAGGGGGUUGAAGCUGCACUUUGGAAAGUACUUGGUGAUGGUGCUAUCACUAUGCCACAAACAGGGUGGUCACAGCAGUCACCUCAAAAACAAAAGGAGGUGGAUAAAGAAGUGGAGAUAGAGAAGGCUACAGAGCCAUGA